AUCGGCCACCAGGCUGACUGUGAAGAGCGGGAGUUGCUUUCCCUCAGCCCCGCACGCCUUCAGCCGUGCCUGAGGCCUGGCUUUCCUGAGCGGGUGGCGCCGUGCCCCUGAGGGGCAGCAGGCCCGCCUGCAGCCCCCCAGCCCCGGCAGGGCCAGCUGCCGCCCCUUCGUUCCCCGCAGCCGCCCCUCGAGGCUCUCCCGCUCCUCCGCCUCCCCUCGGGCCGGCCCCGGAACACCGCUCGCCGCCCGCGUUUCCCGGCGGGGGCCCUUCGCCGCCGCACCCGCCCCGGAAAGGCGCCGCGGCCUCAGCCGUGCGGGUGCUGGCGGCGGUCGGGGCCUCUGGGCCGAGCCGCAGCCAUGGGGAAGCGGCAGCACCAGAAGGACAAGAUGUACAUCACCUGCGCCGAGUACACGCAGUUCUACGGCGGCAAGAAGGCAGACCAUCCACGAACUAAUUUCAGACGUAUAUCAUUUGAUCACUGCAGUUUGUCUCUACAGCCAUUUGAAUAUCCAGUUUGCACACCAGAUGGGACAGUCUUUGACAUACUGAGCAUUGUUCCUUGGAUAAAGAAAUAUGGAACCAACCCUAUCACAGGAGAAAAAUUAGAUGCCAAAUCACUUAUAAAGUUGAAUUUUGCUAAAAACAGUGAAGGUAAAUACCACUGUCCAGUGCUGUUUACUGUAUUCACCAAUAACUCCCAUAUUGUGGCCAUCAAGACAACUGGGAACGUGUUUGCCUAUGAGGCAGUUGAGCAGCUGAACAUAAAACCAAAGAGCUACAAAGAUCUCUUGACUGAUGAGCCCUUCACUCGGCAAGACAUUGUGACACUGCAGGAUCCAACAAACUUGGAUAAAUUCAAUGUCUCUAACUUCUUUCAUGUUAAGAACAACAUAAAAGUAAUUGAUCCAGAUGAAGAAAAAGCAAAGUUAGAUCCAUCUUACUAUUUGAAAAAUACAAAUGCUGAGACACGAGAGACUUUACUGGAGCUCUAUAAGGAGUUCAAAGGUGACGAUAUUCUAGCAGCUACUAUGAAGGCUCCUGAAAAGAAGAAAGUGGAUAAGCUGAAUGCAGCUCACUAUUCCACUGGAGCAGUAAGUGCUUCCUUCACCUCCACUGCAAUGGUACCCGAAACUACCCACGAAGCAGCUGCUAUCGAUGAAGAUGUUGUAAGAUACAAAUAUGUGAAGAAGAAGGGCUACGUACGACUCCACACUAACAAAGGAGACUUAAACUUGGAGCUACACUGUGACAUGACACCCCGAACAUGUGAAAACUUUAUCAAACUGUGCAAGAAGAACUAUUAUGAUGGAACAAUUUUUCACAGAUCAAUUCGUAAUUUUGUAAUCCAAGGAGGUGAUCCGACUGGAACAGGAACAGGUGGAGAAUCUUACUGGGGAAAACCUUUUAAAGAUGAAUUCAAGCCCAACUUAUCCCAUACAGGACGUGGUGUUCUUAGUAUGGCCAAUUCAGGACCUAACACAAACAAAUCACAGUUCUUUAUCACAUUCCGGUCUUGUGCAUAUCUGGACAAGAAGCAUACAGUGUUUGGAAGAGUGGUCGGUGGCUUUGAGACUCUGACUGCUAUGGAGAAUGUGGAAAGUGACCCAAAAACGGACCGCCCCAAGGAAGAAAUACGAAUUCAGUCAACAACCGUUUUUGUUGAUCCGUAUGAAGAGGCGGAUGCCCAGGUUGCUGCAGAAAGAGAGAAGGCUAAGCAAGAAGAAGAAGCAGCCAAAACAAAAGCUGAGGUGAUCCCACCAAAGAAAGAGGUCCAGACUCCUAAAACUUACCGUCAGGGGAUUGGAAAAUACAUUAACAUGGCUGCAGCGAAGCGCAGUGUGGAAGAUGACGGGCCCUCAACAAGCACAGCUGCGAAGAAAGAGAAAAAGAGCACAGGCUUCGGGGACUUCAGCUCCUGGUAGCAGCGUGGGGAGCCUAGCACUGGGGCAGCACAGCAAAAAAGAAGAGGCGGCCUCCCACGUGUCCCUGAAGAGCCCGAAAGACAAUCUGUCCUGGGGAGGGAAGGCACCAGCCUGCCCUUCCACUGGGGAAGAAAACUGUUGCUUUGUUAAGGGUGGUUAAUGUGGCUUUGUCUUCUGCAGAGCUGCAUUCCCCCAACUGCAUCUUCCUCGAAGGCCUUUUUGUUGUUGUUUUGCUAAGUGGGGAGCAGGCAGUCCAGCUCCGCUGGGAUUAGCUGGAGCCUUUCUCUGCUUGGCUGGCAGCAGACCAGGCAGAGCCCAGCCUUGCAGGACACUGCUUCAGUGAACAGCUACAUUGGUGAAAGAGCUCCUUUUACAGGUAAUCAUUUCCAGACAAGCCGAGUCUGCCAAAUGAACGAAUGAAUUAAUGUGCUGGGGAAGCGCCUGUGCUGCUGUAGUGCCUUGCGGAGGGGAGGAGAGGGCUCCAGCCUGUCCUGCCCUUCCCUUCAAGCUGCAUUUUGCUUGUUCUCAACAAGGACCAAUUCUGUCUUUUGCUCUUACCUCCUGGGUGGACUGACUGCUGCCGAUCUCCGUAGGGCCUUGCUCACUCCAGACUGAGCUCUGUCUGCACCCGUCUAACAGCCUGGGAAGCAGCGAGACUGGACAGGGAGCCUGGUGUAACUGCACCACUUGUCCCUCCCAGUAGCUGGCCUUGCUGGAGCCACUGGGGAACCAGAGGGGCCAGGAUGCCCCAGUUCAAACCUGCCCUCUGGUUCCAGAAAUGUCAGCAUGGAGCAAUUGAGUGGGAACAGAAACGAGAUUGCAGCAUUUGUUUUAUUAACCAUCCCCAAAGCCUGCUCCUUGCAGGGGAACACAUUUUUUUUCUGCUCCAAUAUCAGUCCUCUCAUUAUUAGGGAAAACCAUGUAGUGUAGCUCACAGGCAUCUCAGAUAUGUUCCUUGCACAGCCACAGAUUAUUAGGAUGCUUAAUAUAAAAAAGGCCUUGUGGGGUACAGAGAUAUCAGCCUGGGAAAUUUUAAUUCAAAAACACAAUGUUUGUUACCAUCAGUUAGAGGUAGUAUACUAGAUACUGAACAUUACUUCUCAGCUCAUCUUAGGUGUUUUCAGAUGACAGAAAUACCCCUACAUAUAUCUGGCUGAGGAGAUAGUUUUGUAAUUACCUCUGUAACCAAUACAUUUAUAUCAGUAGUUCCAUGUUUUAAGAGAAGUCUUCAUUUAUAUGAAAUCACUGGAAAAAUUUUUGGUAAAAGGUUUUGCAUUAAAUGCUUUAUUUUCUUUUGAA